UCUGCGUUUGUCCCUUCGAGGGCACCGUAGUCUGUAGGAAAAAAAACGUGGGUAACCUGUCACAACAGAGCCUGUCCAAUGUGGCAGGAUCGGCUUCUGAAUACAGAUAUUUCAGCCAAAAUCCCAUAAAGCCCUAUGGCAGAUAGCGUGCCGUCCGUGGCCAGGGAUGCAGUCCUGAAGGAGAGUACCGCUCUGCCAGAGGAUGUGCCACAGAUCCGAGGCUAUGACUUUAACCAGGGGGUGGACCACAGAGCGCUGCUGCACUCCUACCUCACCACGGGCUUCCAGGCCAGCAGCUUUGCACUGGCUGUGCAGGAGAUCAAUAAGAUGAUUGAGAAGCGUCUGGAGCCAGUGGAAGAACAGGAGGAGCAACAAAAUCAGCAGGGUUGUCCCGGAUGUACCAUCUUUCUGGGUUACACCUCCAACCUCAUCAGCUCUGGUGUCCGCGAGACCAUUCGCUACCUUGCCCAGCACAAGAUGGUGGACGUGAUUGUGACGACAGCAGGAGGUGUUGAGGAAGACCUCAUUAAGUGCUUGGCGCCCACCUACUUGGGUGAGUUCAGCCUUCCAGGCAAAGAGCUCCGACAGAGAGGCAUCAACAGGAUUGGCAACCUCUUGGUCCCGAAUGAUAACUACUGCAAGUUUGAGGACUGGUUAAUGCCUAUUCUGGACCAGAUGGUGCUGGAACAGAAAACGGAGGGCACCCACUGGACUCCCUCGAAGAUGAUCCACAGACUGGGCAAAGAAAUCAACAACCCUGACUCUGUCUACUACUGGGCCUACAAGAAUGACAUCCCAGUGUUUAGUCCCGCCCUCACGGAUGGCUCAUUGGGUGACAUGAUCUAUUUCCAUUCCUAUAAGAAUCCUGGUUUGGUGCUGGACAUCGUGGAAGAUAUCCGGAGGUUGAACAGUAAAGCUGUGUUUGCGAAAAGCACAGGCAUGAUCAUCCUGGGAGGAGGCCUCGUCAAGCACCACAUUGCAAACGCGAAUCUUAUGAGGAAUGGUGCUGACUUUGCAGUGUUUGUGAACACGGGGCAGGAGUUUGAUGGGUCAGACUCAGGGGCCAGACCGGAUGAGGCUGUGUCCUGGGGAAAGAUCCGCAUGGAUGCCAAACCUGUCAAGGUUUAUGCAGAUGCCUCUAUAGUUUUCCCUCUGCUGGUGGCUGAGACCUUCGCACCCCUCGCCAGCAGACUGAUAGUGGACAAAAAGGGCGACUAACAGUGUCUGCUGUCCUCUCUCCUUGUCUUUCUGUUAAUCUCAUUCCCUCCAUCCUGUCAUUUUUAAGUUAUUCUUGUGUUUCUGUUUGUCCAUCUUGUUUCAGCCUUUACCCUUUUUGUUCAGUUCAUCCUCAUCAUUUUACUUUUAGCAAUAGAUUAAUUUAAUUAGCUAGUUUAUUUUAGUUUGGACACCAUGAACUCAUGAUGUAAAUUAAAUGAAUAUUUUGGCCAAAGAGUGCGAAAGAAACCCCAAAUACAGUUUAUGCUUGUGUAGCAAAGGAGAAGGAAAAUGCAUCAGUAAAACUGACUGUAUUUGUAUUUCUCAUUUUUUGCUGAAGCAUUAGCAUUUGAGCAUCUGUUGGUUGUCAAAAUCUUAACUCACACUUUACUCAAUGAUGUCUUCUUUUAAAAAAUCUGUGUAUUCAGGAAAGUGAAAAGAAGAAAGGAAGCAUCGCAUAAACAAAAUGUAUGUUUCUUCCAUAUAUAUUUGUGUAUUUUUAACCAGUUUUUAACCAAUAUAUGGCUUAAAGGGACAAAGUUGUAUAGUUUUAUUGUAUUUUAUUUUUUUCUCCACUUUUAAAGUUAACUGUACCAAAAACUUUACCGGACCAUUUUCCAACCUCUCUUUAUCCUUUGUAAUUAAACAGACUUUAUAAUUUA